AUGACUGAUAAACAGAAAACGGAGAUACCAGACUCGGAUACUUUGAUUGUUUCUUGUUUUUCGCCACCACAGAACGCUGACAAAACUGGAGGGGGUACCAGGAGAAGCAGUAAUUUGGAGGAGGCGAGACGUAGAAUUGAAACUAUCUUUAGCUUUGAAGAGACGUUAGUGGAUCUUGAAAGAUUGACAUUGGGAGUGAAUGAUAAGAAAAGAUUAAAAAGAGCUGAGAGGAAAUCAAAUAGAAGCUCAUGCAACCAGAAAGUUGUUAAGGACCAGACAUGUCAAGCACCGAAUCCGAUAGCCUGUCAGCCUUCUGUUUCAGGUUGUCAGGGCGCUAGCAAGCACAAACGAAUCCGUUAUCAACCUUACAUUAGACCCAAGUUCUAUUGGCACAUUUUUGUGAAUGCAAGACUUACAAACAGUUUUACCUUAGAAGAUGAACUAAGACAUAUAAAGUUGGAUGCUGAUGUUGAGGAUAUAAGGCGACUUGUGUUCUUCUCUUCGACGAGUAACAAUUCAUUAGAUGCAACAGACGUCUCAAAUUGGAAGAUUUUUUACUUCUUAAUGGAUGACAUACGGAUGAUUGGAGAAUAUAUUUCUGGUUAUUGCGGCUAUUGCAGGAAGAAGUUUAUUUUGGCUGCAGCAUUUGAUCACGAGCACUAUAAUCGUUAAGGCCUCAUAGUCGUGGCCAAUUGGGAGGUAUGGCAGCUGUCGGUUCCGGUGUUGCUCCCAACCACUUCACUUUCAAACUUACAUUGGUCGACUUCUGGGUCAUGCUCAGUUGAGGCUACUCGGUACUCACCAGCUGAUGAAGGGAUGGAGGGCGAAGUUGCAGAACUGGCAGAAUACUUCUCACAGUUUGUCAAUGUUGGGCUCAAGAUGUCGCCUCUGGCAGAGAGUUCACCUUUAGUCUAUGUUUUAAGGGAAUGUAGAGUGUUUCAUUUUGGUGCCUUCUCUAAUUACUCUGCCUUCUACUCAUGCGUAGAGUCUUCUGUAUCCUGUGUCGAUGAACUCGAGCUGUAA